AUGACUGGUUCAAUUUUAGAACAAUCUUGUCUUACUUAUAAAAAUGUCAAAUACAAUGCUAGCUCAAAUACUGAUACGAUACUUUAUAUGUCACCAUCCGGAUCCCGAAUUGAAACAGAUUGUUUACAAUAUAAGAUUCAAGACAUUGAUGUUAUAAUAGAAAAAGAUUGUCGAAGAAUUUUCACAUGUAUCUCAUUCAUAUUUGAUAAUAAUACAUUUUUCGAACAGUUUUUUCAUCAAAAUCCUACUAUUAUUCAUUAUUUACACAUAUCAGGGGAGCCCACGUCAGCAUUUCCCAUACUUGUGAUAACUAUUGAAAGUUAUAAUUUAACAGAACUUACUUUAAAAUAUCUCAAUUCACUUUUACAUAUAAAUCUGCCAUCUUAUAAUACAUUACUUGUUAAAUUCAUCAAACCUCUAUCGAAUACAAAAAUAAUUCAUUUAAAAAAUGAUUUCGAUGAUGUUUCUGUCAAUAAUAUGGAAUUGGCUUUUUCUUGUAAUUAUCUUAAAAAUGAUAUUGAAUGGAUUAAAUAUAUUAUAUAUUCAAACGAAAUUAAACCUAUUGGAUCAGUUAUAUGUAAAGAAUCUAAUUUCUCAGUACUAUUAAAUCCAAUUAUUAAUAAUACUUCAAACACAACAACUGUUGAUAAUAAAUUUCAUUUUUCAUUUAUUAACUUGCUAGAAAAACUAAGAUCUUUUCUUAUUUUCAUUGUUAUUUCGUUCUUCAUUCUUCUUCUAUGUGGUGUAAUGAUAUCUUACUACAUAUUCUUUGGAUUUAAUAAUCGAAAAAAACAUCAACAAAUCAGUCAAGAUUUAAAUACGAGAUCAAGUGUAACUAGUACUGAUACAUCAGAUACAGUAGAGACAAAUGGUAAUUCAUCAUCUUCGAAUAAAGUAGCAAAUUCGCGUAUUCUCACAUAA